AUGAGACGGCUCCACCAGAUCCAGAAGACGGAAGUAAAGAAGAGAAGCGAACCAAAGCAAGCAAGCUUCAAGAACAAGGUAUUGGAUCAACAACUCCUAGCUGAUUCGAUUCUUGAGUUUGUUCUGAUCCGAUCUUCCCUUCCUAUUCAGCGCUGCCCUAUUCGAUUCCAUUUCGUGUUCCUCUGUGCUGCUGCAGGGGAGGGGGAGGAGGAGGAGGCCACGGGGCUGCCGUCCGACGUGCCGCGCGGCCACUUCGCGGUGUACGUGGGCGAGCGGCGGCGCCGGUUCGUGGUGCCCAUCGCGCUGCUGGACCGCCCCGAGUUCCGGUCCCUGCUGCGGCGUGCCGAGGAGGAGUUCGGGUUCGCGGGCGCCGGCGGCGGCGGCGGCCUCGUCCUCCCCUGCGAGGAGGUCGCCUUCCGCUCCCUCACCUCCGUGCUCGCCUGCACCCGGUGAACGCGCACCCGUUUCCAGGGGAGGGGGAGGAGGAGGAGGCCACGGGGCUGCCGUCCGACGUGCCGCGCGGCCGCGGUGUACGUGGGCGAGCGGCG